UGUCAUCUCAUCCAACAAGUCCCAGGCUGACAUCGCUUGCAUGGAUCGGAUGGAGAAGUCCUGCCAUCAUUAGCACAAGUUUUGUCCCUUCUCCUGAGCUUUCACCUUGUCAAGGAAAACCAAAGCCAUUAGGCAAAUGUGACCUGCAUUUCCCUCUAUAACUGGAGCCACAGAAACAAGCAAAACACAUACGCAAAAUAUGGAUGGUUUAAUUGAACAAAACAGUGUGCUUAUGCAUAAUAAAAUCACAGAGGCUGGGAAAAGGAAUGGCUUAAUCAACACAAGAAAUUUAAUGGGAGAGAAUAAGGAUGGAAUGGUGUCGGUUUAUCCAACCCCCCAAUAUCAGAGUCACAUUGUUGGAACUAUUUCAACACAGACUGCAAUAGACAACAUAAAAAAUGACCCAGUUCAACAACUGUUGGAUCCUAACAUGUUGCAACAGACUGUGGAGUCCCACUAUCGCCCCAACAUCAUUCUGUAUUCUGAAAAUGUCUUACGUUCUUGGGGAGAGAAUGUCAGCGCGGAGUGCUGUGAAACCACAUUUAUUGAAGACAGAUCACCAACCAAAGACAGUCUUGACUACCCAGAUACCAAGUUCAUUGACCUUUCCUCUGAAGACAUCAAAAUCCACACCCUUUCCUAUGAUGUGGAAGAGGAGGAGGAAUUUCAAGAGUUAGAGAGUGACUAUUCAAGUGACACAGAAAGUGAAGACAACUUCUUAAUGAUGCCACCAAGGGACCACCUUGGCCUCAGUGUAUUUUCCAUGCUGUGCUGCUUCUGGCCUCUGGGAAUAGCUGCCUUUUAUUUGUCACAUGAGACAAACAAAGCGGUAGCCAAAGGAGACUUUCAUCAAGCAAGUUCCAGCUCCCGACGAGCACUCUUCUUAGCAGUAUUAUCCAUCACUAUAGGAACAGGAAUAUAUGUUGGAGUGGCUGUAGCUCUCAUAGCCUAUCUUUCCAAAAAUAAUCAUUUAUGAACCAGGCAAAGCAUAUCUAUGAACCAAUUUAAGCAAAGCGUCAAUGAUGCAAAGGCACAAGACUGGACUAGGAAAAGUUAAUACUGUCAAGACAUGGAAUAUUUUAGGAUUGGUCUACUGUGGGAAUGAUUUCAAACAGUCUUGAAUUGGAGUUUCCCUGGAUGUACCCUCUGUUUGGAUGUACCUUUUGUUUUUAUCAGAAGUUUCUUUGUUCUUUAUUCAUACGUCUGGCAAUCAUGCUAAGCAAUGAAACAAAUCAAAAAUUGCCAAGACUUUUUUUUUUACUUAUGAAAUGUUAAAUGGCAACCAUUAAAGUGUAGACUCACCUCUUGGCUGUAACUGCAAGUAUGACUUUAUGACACACAGCUCAUGCAUUUCAGUGUAAACCAGCAUUCCUUGUGAUCUUAGAAUAACAGCAAUAUAUAAAUAGUGGACUUUAUGAUUUAUUCUCAUGGGCUGAUGAAAUCAAUUAUUAUCUGACCUGGCGCUAGUUACUGUAUGAAGCAACCUUUCAUUCAGUAAAUCAGCAUGAUGUACUCUGGCCUUUUUGACUUAAUCUCAACUGUAUAAGUUUCUUUGACAUUAAUUGUUAAUUGGGCUGAAUUGAAAUAAUACUGAGCAUGUUUGGAAACUAAAAAAAAUCAGUUCUAUGUUAUCAGAUAUCUAUCUGUCUAUGAAAACAAAUACAUAGGCUGGGACUUGCAGUUUUUGCAGCAGAAGUUUAAUGUAUCUUACAAUUUCCUAAAUAGUUUAUUUUUGAUUUUUUUAUCACCUAUACAUAUGAACUAACAAAAGUUUUGGCAGUUGUGCAGCUAAGGGCCCUUUCACACAGGCUGUCCAAUCAGGUCCGCCUGUCAGUUUUUCAGGCGGACCUGAUCGGACCAUCCAGUCACCCCUAUGGAGCGGCAGGUGUCAGUGGUGACAUGUCCGCUGACACCCUCUGCUAUCUGAUCCGAUCCGGUCCGCCAAAUCUAGAAUGAUGGUGGUCCUAUUUUCCAUCCGUCUGGUGGAACGGAUGGGAUCGGAUGGGUUCAGAUGAAAACAGCCAGGCGGUCCGUUUUAAUCUGAUUUCCCUAUAGAAGAGAGCGAGACUCACUGUGCAGAGUGGAGAUGGACCGGUUAUCCGCCUGCUCAGCAGGGAUCAGCAAAGCUAUGGGAUCAGCUGUGCAAAUGGAGUGCACCAAACGGAGGCCCCUGUGUAAAAGGGGCCAAACAGAAAUAAAUUGCUACACAGUCUAUCCAAAAUACAAUGUAUAAUACAGGAGCAAAAUAGAGACAUUGUGGUAUAAGAAACUUAUUUCCCAGCACAUUUUAUUUUGAAAAGUAGCUGUCUAAUAAGCCAUUAUCAUCUGCACAACUGUUUUCAGGGGUCUCAAACAUGGCAGCCCUCCAGCUGUUGUGAAAAUAUAAGUCCCAUGAGGCAUUGCAAGGCCAACAGUUACAAGCAUGACUCCC